ACCCAGUCCCCACAGGCACUAGCAUUAUCACAUUUCCCACGUGCAAAUGUACUGAGUUUCUGACAAGUUCCAAACCUGUUUUCUGUCUCCAGCCAGCGGGUAGCUCCGCGAUACUCCAUCAUGCUUAUAGCUAACAUUCACCAUCAAUGUCGAACCCGGUCGACGCUACAAGAGAAGGAUAGACCGUCGGGUUCUUGUAACCAAGGCCAGGCCAGGUAGUGCUGCAUGGCAUCAAGAUAUUUGCCACAUGCCCUGAGCAAGCCAGGGUGGAAAAUAGCAAGUACUGGGGUAUACUAUAAGGCGAUUUCCUCGCACUGAGGGCAAGCACCGUUGAAUAGCUUCUUUCCUCGAGUGCUGCAAUAGCGUGUGUGCCUGAACGAAUUAUGACAGCUAUUACGGUUCUCGAGUGCGCCGAUUAGCGCCGGAAAGAGCAGCGACUCCACUACAAUCAUGGUGUAUACUCCAGUCAUUCAUACCAUUCACAACAAGCAGGCAGAAUUGACCCCAGCUUCUGAACGUUGAGAGAUCGACUCUGAGUCGUCCUUAGAGAGAUGAAAGUCUCUGCAAAAAGCAAAGGACUUUGGAAGGUGGUCAAAUCGACCAAUCAGAAUAUCGAGUAAGACACAUGAUAGUUUUCCUGAGUUCAACUGUAGUAAGGCCUUUUGCCACCUACUUGCUGUAUACUGGAAUUUCUAGGCUAUUCCAAAUUUGGGUUCUGCAUUUCAGUCUAGCCAUUCUUUCCUGCCACGACACGCUGCAUUGCAGCCCACUCGCUAACAAGUAUAACGUUGAGCUGACGAACGGCGAACUUAGGCGACGAUGAGGAGUUUCAAUGUCGCCGGAUUUUGACCUGUCUAUCAAUGCUUAUUGUAGCAGGCUUUGCUGCGACUGAACACAGCAAAAUCAUAAGGAUGAUGGCGAGGAGGAGAUGCGUGCUACAUUAUUUUAUACUGCUCAUCAAUUUGUACACGAUGGAUGCUGCUACAGAAGCACCUGGAGGUUCCAGAAUCACGCUACUGGCUUCCAUUCCUACCACUGCCACUGGUACUGGUAAUAGAAGUAGACUAUUGCCCUGGCACACGCGGAUAGGUAUUGCAACGUACAUUCGUGAGCAGGACAACAGGCGCUUCGCUCCAGAGUAUUCUGCAAGCUCUUGUACUGCGUUACCGGGUUUAUCACCCGCCCAGAGGGUUUGGUGCGACACACACUUCACCCUGCUGCCCAUCAUCAGAAAGGGAGCAGCGAUGGCUGUGCAAGAGUGCAGGACACGUUUCGCUCAGCGCCAAUGGAACUGUGUCGUCAAACCCAGGUCUAUGUUGAGAAAUGCUCUUCGCCAAGGUUCUCCAGAAGCUGGCUUCGUGGCGGCAUCACAAAUGGCAGGCGUCGCGUACUCGCUUCUCGAAGCGUGCAAGCGAGAACAGUUUGCAGGAGGAUACUGCGGCGGAAAUGCAACCACCCUUUCCGAUCGGGCCCGUGGUGCAGCGGGCUCAGCAGCAGCACGGUGGGGCCAGCUUCAACACACGUUGCAAACUCUACGAGUCUACAUGUUGCUGGAUGAUGAGGCGGAAAACGACUUAGCCAAGGCCAGACGCUUGAACAGCGACAUUGGGUUGCAGGUCGUCCUAAACAUGAUGUCAGAGUAUUGCGGCUGCAGACCAAGUCCUGGCGCAACAUGUUCUCUAACUUGCCUGGGCUCAACACUGUCCUUCUCUCGGGUAUCCAAGACCAUUAUGAGUCUCUACUACAGCUCAGUCCUGUUGGAGACGAAUAGUUCGACUGAUGGCACGAGUCAGGAAAACACUACAAACAUUUCACUGGUACACCUGCAGACACCUGAUUACUGCCAAGAAAGUCAUGCACUCGGCUCACCAGGUACCCGUGGAAGACGCUGUGAGAUGCGCACGAUAGCACAGGAAGUAGUGAACGAGACCGGACCACACCAGGACGGGGCCUGCCAGUACUUAUGCUGCGGCAGAGGGCAGCGCUUUGAGACAUUCCGAUCCCCGUACAAAUGUUUAUGUUCUUGGAGCAUUGCUGGAUUUAAAUGUCAAACAUGUCACGCCACCCGACGGCUAUAUUUCUGCCUUUGAACUUACGCACCGUAAGGUCUUUGAUGCAACAUCAAUUGUUAUAUACAAUGUAGGCUACUAGGCAAGUUGUGCAAGUAUUCAAAUAUGCUGUAAUUUUCUCAGCAAUGUCAAGUCCAAGUACUCGCUUGAUCACAUUUAUAUCUCUAUACAGUUUCUAUACAGUUUCUGUACAGUUUCUUUGUACAAUACGUCACUCUUACAGUACUGGUGUACAUAAUACAACAGUGCUAUAAAUAAUUGAGCAGCCUUGACUACUCUAAAGUAAACACAUUUUUAAAACGAAGUGAUCUAUUUCGAAGACCGUUUUCGUAUAUCCACAAUACUUAUAGGCAUGUUGCAAAAUGUUAUUUCGUGUAUGUGUUGUUGUGGUUGCGCUCGAGUGUCGUUAUAUUAUUCCUUGAAGUUCA